GCCGAAUAUCAACAACGAUAUCCAGCAUUCUCGCAUCAUGGCUUCUCGCGAGGAUCGCGUCCAGUCACGGCUUCGCGGUGCCCAGAGGCGUGAAAUCAAAGAGGUCGACUUCGGCCUUACCUUCCCAGCUGUACCGGCAGAUGCAAGUCCUCCAAUCGAUCCUCCUCAGAACGACUUGCCACAGUCCGACCUACCUCCCCAGCGUUCGAGCCGAAGAACUCCUGCCAGACCCCCACCACCAGUUUCAGUAGUGACCCAGGAAGUUGCCCGCAUAUCCCAAAGCACAAAUGAUGCAAAUACAUCUGCGAAGAGAAGGAAGUUAGAUACAGAUGUUCCCCCUACCUCCUCGCGAAGUACUCGUUCACAGAAUCCUCCUCGACGCGAUAUCUAUGCCAUCGAAACAGAGAACAAUGCGGACCCGGAGCAGGAGCAGGAGUCCUCAAUAUUGGAACCUGUAUCAGCUUCAAUCCACCGAGGCGGGCGCGAUCAAACCGAGGGACAUCCAGAUCAAUCCCUUCUGGAUGCCACCCAGCAGUCAGUCGAACAAGAAGCAUCGAAUAUUCUGGAGCCAAACCAGCCUUCCGCGAUUGCAUCUCCAGCGAGAACAAUUAGAACGCCAUUGGCUUCCCAGACAUUUGAUGAGGUUACCGAGAGUCCAAGAAGUGCACCUGGUAGUGGUCGUAGGCAAAGUGUUGCCAUUGCUGCGACUCUCCAAACAAGUUCGCAGUUGCAGCAGAUACAGAAUGCAGACGCGGAUGUAACGGCAACUCCUCCAACUCGGAGAAAGCGUAAAAGGGGAGAACCGAAUGUCUCACCACAGAUUCGAGAAAGUCAAGAACCUUCGGCCAUUGACGAAAUCGAUGAACUAUCACCAGAGCAGCCCCGACGUCGAGGACGCAAACCAAAGACUAUUCAAGAGCCUUUGCCCGAGCAGGAGAACACGGACGAUGGUGAGGACGGCGAGGCAGAAGCCAUAGGUGAUGAGGAAGCUGCUGUUGUGCUAAAGAAGAAUCGUGGUCGACGAAUCUCUAAACAUUUCGCAGCUGCUUCUCCGGAUCUCGACACGUUGAACUCAUCUACUUUGGUGAAAACUGGACGACCAAGGAAACGACAUCGAACAGAAUCUAGUCCGGUGCAACAACGAGAUCCAAAGAAAGUAGCCUCAAAACCACAGACUCUAAAGAAGACAGCCAAGAAAUCCGGACAGAAGCUACAUGCCGUUGGAGGUUCCGUUCCGGUUACAGUUCACCGGUUGACCCUUCCCCCUCUUUACGAUGAAAAGGAAACCGAUGCGGAUAUUCUCAACGCGGAAAUGCCUCACAUCAAGCGAUCAGGUGUCAGUGCUAUUGAUGUGCUGAGUUCAAUCUGCCAAGAAAUCAUUGGUACUCAACUUGACUCGUUAGAGCAGAUGGGAAAUAGAUGCGAGGAUUCGGCAUCGAGGCGAGAGUACAAAACAAAGUGGAAUGCCGUCGAAGCAUUUGGAAAAGAGCUUCACUUACGACUUCUCACACAGGCCAUCAAUCUUGACAACGCCUAUUCUCUAGAGCGUAGACUUAGAGACGAAUUGAGAAGGAAGAACGCAUUACGUGAAGAAGUCCUCCAGGUUCGGAAAGAUCGGGAGCAAGUAGCCCUUCGUAUGGAUGAGAUUCGGGCAAAACAUGAACGCGAGAAGACAGAUGCACAGAGUAGAGACAGUCUCAAUACUGCAUUUCACGACAUAGAAAUGGCGAUCGAGAUGGGUAAAUCAAACCAAUCAUCUGCAGGGAUCGAUCAAUCCACCGACUUGAUUGGUACGGAACUGCUCAUCAAAAGGGUAGCCGGCGAGGUCAGCAACAAGGGGGACUCGGGAGGCAUUUUGAAGCAAAUCAAGGAUUUCAAUGCGUUCCUUGAACGAGCGGCAUUGGCCUUGGAGGCCAAGAAGUGAGGAAAGAGUUGACUAUGAUACCCAUGGAAAUGAAUUUAUGACACCAAAGCUCAGAUUGCAUUAUUCCUUUUCCGCUGGCCACACUCAGUUGUUGUUGCGGCUCUUGAGUAAUGCUUUGAUACCAAAUUUGGCACACAUCGACUUUCACGUGGGGAAAGUCCUCUUUCGACUGAAAAUGUUACGGUCAAGUUGAUCGGCGUGGGGGAUAAGAUCGGAGAUGUUGAGUUGAAGGCUGACAUCAAUGUCAGCUUUGUGUUGACAGAGUAGCCUAGUGUGAGCCACUUGAAGGAUUGGCUUUUUCUCGUAUUUGGCAUCAAGAGAUUCUGACCUUAUGGCUCUAGUGCGC